CGAAUACUGUCGUUGGUGCGUUAUUGUAUUGAUGGCAGAGCAGAUAGUGGCGAGAAAAUCUUUACAGAGUGUACGUAUUGUGGUUAUUGGUGCGGGACCGUCGGGUAUUGCCGCUGCCACGAAGCUUAUCGAUGCUGGAUUCCGCAAUGUUGUAAUACUGGAGGCAGAGAAUCGUAUUGGCGGUCGCAUUUACACUGUUCCGUUUGCCGACAACGUUGUUGAUUUGGGGGCCCAAUGGUGUCAUGGAGAGAAGCAUAAUGUCGUAUACGAGACUCUGCAAAAAGAAAGGUUAAACCUGGUCGAAAGUACGGGCGAUGUGUAUGAAGAUUAUAAAUGUAUACGCUCGAAUAAGGAGAUUGUUCCUGACGAUGUUGCCGAAAAACUUAAAUCAAUUGCAUUCAGUACAGUGCCUGAGAGACAAGAAGGCCUGGUAAACUAUGAGGGCUCGCUGGGGUCCUAUUUGACAGAAAAGUAUUGGAGUGACAUUUCUAAGCUGGAGCCCAAAGUUGAUCGAGCUUUGGCAAAGGAAUUUUUUGAAAACUUUAAAAAAUUUGAGAGUUCCGUGGAAGCAUCUGAUCACUUAUUUGAAGUGUCCGGCAAGGGGCAUUUGGAUUAUUGGAUAUGCGAGGGUGACCUCUUGCUAAACUGGAAGGAUAAAGGCUUCAAGACUUUCUUGGAGUUACUCUUAAAAUCAAGUGUGGAGAAGCCAUUUGGUAUACUAGAUGGUAGAAUUUUUCUAAAUCAAAGAGUUGAGCAAAUCGACUGGUCCAACCCCCACAACAUCAGAGUAAAGUGCUCGAAUGGAACUGUAUUGACAUCCGAUCAUGUCAUUUGCACCGUUUCGCUAGGAGUUUUGAAAGAAUUACAUGGUAAUAUGUUUAUUCCCUCAUUGCCAGUUUCAAAGGUAAGAUCCAUCGAAGGCUUAAAGCUGGGAACUGUAGACAAGUUCUUUUUAGAAUUUGAGAACCCUUUUGGGCCAUCAGAGUGGAAAGGAAUGUGUUUUCUGUGGCUGGAAGAAGACCUAGAAAGCCUUAGAGACUCCAAUUUAUUCUGGCUUGAAAGUGUGUUUGGAUUCUACCGGGUCUCCCACCAACCUCGAGUGUUACAGGGUUGGAUUAUUGGCCCCCAUGCUCGACACAUGGAGUCAUUAACCGAAGAAGAAGCACUUGGUGGAAUUUUGUGGCUACUUAGAAAAUUUUUAAAUUUUAAUGUGCCAGAUCCUGUCGGCUUCAAGCGCACUCAAUGGCAUGCCAAUGCAAACUUCAGAGGAAGUUAUACAUUCCGUACUAUUUUGUCCGAUGAGCUACGCACAGGUGCCUGGGAUUUGGCGGCACCAGUAACUACUAUACAGGGCCGACCGGUACUGCAAUUCGCGGGUGAAUCAACACACAAUCAUUACUAUUCGACCGUACAUGGUGCUGUAGAAUCAGGAUGGCGUGAAGCUCAACGUUUGCUAGAACUUUACACUAUGAUACCGUCUCGUCUGUAG